AUGAGCGAGGCUCGUAAGUGGCAUCCAGGCCCCGGAAGAUACUCCGAGGGCCCACGAGCCAUGCUGUCAGAAACCGAGUCUCCCAAGAUACGCGCUUCCUACGAUGCUCCCACCCUCAUCCCCGCAAGGUCGCCGGAAGGAUUGCACCGUCCAGUCGUCCGUCCUCCAAGCAGGGAACUGAAAGAUUCUUCCUUCAACUUUCCCUUGGCCGACAGAGCGGCCAAGGAUAAGAUCAACCCCUUCCGCAUCAGCGCUGAUCGAGUCGCUCUCGCUACUCCAGACCUGAUCCGCAAGACAGCGGUUGCAGCCAAUGAGUUCAAACGUCUGCAGGAUGUGGAGUCACAGUACAAGACAGCGGAAGGGUUCUGGAAGGGUGAGAUUGACCAUCUGAAGAACCAGAUGUUCGACAUCCGGAACAAGCAUCUUGACGAGGAGAGCAAGCUGCAGAGGGAGAAGGCCAUGCUAGAGGCGAAGGUCGGAGAGAUGGAUAAGGAGAUGAUGCAGCUCCGCAAGUUGAGAGAGUGGGAGGAGGAGCGAGCCAAGUUGAUGAAGACCAACGAAGCCUUGCGUGAGCGAUGCGACAAGGGAUCUGAGCAGCUUCAGUCGCACGACGCAAGGAUACAUGAGAUCCACACCGUUGAGUUGAGGGCGCGAAAGGCCGAGGACUCAGUCGCGGCUCUCAAAGAGCAGCUCUCCUUUGCCAACAACAGAGCCAUCGAAGACUCGCAGGCGGCGGAGAGCGCUGCUGCUGAGAGACUCGCUGUAGAAGUGAACAAGGUGGAGAAACUCUCGGAUGAGCUGUUGUCUGCUCGGAAGAGUUACACGUCGAUCUUGGAGAGUUUGAGUGAAAAGGAUGAUCACAUCCGAAGCUUGAAGGAAGAGAUCCGAGCGAACACAGAAGAAUCGCUCCGUCUGCACAACAUGAUCAGGACGUUGGAAGACGACAAAGAAUAUCUCGACUCUCAGCUCAGCAACACGCGAGAGGCUCUAUCACAGAAGGAGCAAACUAUCGAUCGUCUUGAAGAUGAUCUCAAACAAGCUCGAGAGCACGCUGAGAAGGAGCGGGCGCAGGGUAGCGAGCACCUGAGACGGCUGAAACAGAUGGAGGAAGAUUCUGUCUGGAUCGCAAGAUCGCAUGAGACGGCCAUGGCAGGACUCAAAGAUCGUCUCAGCCAAGAGAGUGAGAGCGUACAGAGAAUGAACACAGAAAUCCUCGCCCUCAAGGAAGCUCUCAACAGCGCGAAGCGUCAGGAGGAGCUCAGGACUCUGCAGCAUAAUCACUACGUUGAGAAGAUUGAGGCCCUGGAGAAAGAGAAGAAACAAGAGUCGGAACAACACAAGAAGUCGAUGCAGGAGAUCCGCAAAGAGCUUCAAGACAUCAAAGAAGAAACGUUCAUCCUGCAGGGCCGUGAAGACGCGCUGAAGAAAGAAGUUCUCGUCCUCUCGAAUCAGCUCGAGAAGGCAUGGGAGGAAGAAUGUUCUCGUGCUGUAAAGGAGGAGCGGGUCUCUGCCGCCAAGUGCAAGGAGCUGAUGCGUUCUGCCCUCCAAGAUCUCCAGCACAUGUACGACAAGGCAGUCGGCAACACCAAGUGA